AUGUCCAUUGCCAUGAAAUUUUGUCCCCUAAGUGGACAGCAUUUAACUGCAACAUUUAUGAAAUAUGGUCCACCUUCAGAACAAUUCUUUAUAGGGGGUUUUAUUACUUGUUCCUGUUUAUAUGUCAUCGUAGGUACAAAGGGUGUUCUUCGACAACUUUUAUCUGGGGAUUUAGUACCAUCGUUUGACAGUCGAAUUUUAGUAGUCGGAGCUUAUGAAGCUGGUAAAACAACGCUUGUGUCAAAUUUAAUCGGUAAAGCUAUCCCCAUAGAGAGACAAAGUACUGAUGGAAUAGAUGUGUACUUCGGAAAGUUACUAUUUGAUCUGAAGAAGCAGAAACUUCUACAAAAGACGGAGGGUGUCCACAGUUUUCCUAAAGCAAUUUACCAAAAGAUUUUAUCAUGUCUUGAAUCAGUGAAAAAAGAAGAUGUCAAACCGGGGCAUACUCAGCUCGAUAUUCCAAAUGAUGAUAUUUUACAAAAACUUUCUGACAAAAUAGAUGAGUAUGAAGAUGCCAAUUCCACAGAAUGGUUUGGUGAUCAGGAAGUUAUUCCAAUUCCUGUUUUAGAUUUUGCAGGGCAAAUAGUUUACCACGCAACCCAUCAAACAUUUAUUACUUCACAUGGAAUUUAUAUAAUCACAUUUAAUGGCAGCAAACAGUUGGAUGAUCUUCUAAGUGAUAAAGAAGAAAAUAUCCGACAAUGGGUUUCAUCAAUUCUUCUGUACAGCCAUCCAGAUAAUAAAGAUUAUCCAAGAUUGUUGUUUGUAGCAACCCACAAGGACCUGGUCUGUCAGCAAGACGUUCCAAAUAAGCGAGCACAACUGUUAAAUACUUUAUCAGCCUGCUUUACUGAUGAGAAUAUUAAGAGCCAUAUUCUGCUUCAUAAAUUGUUCUUUGUAAAUGGUACAAGUAAGAAUGACCCUGAAAUGGAAGAAUUAAGAGAUUGCAUAUCAAAAUCUAUCAUUGAAAAUCCACAGUGGGGACAGAGGGUACCAAAACAAUUUCUCAUCCUCGAGAUGAUGUUUGCAGCAUUAGUUGAAGAGGGAAAAAGUAUAAUCAGCCUUGAAGAUGCAGAACAGAUGAAUACACAAAUUGGUGUGAAACCACUGUCUACGGCAGAAUUGGGACUAUUCUUAGGCGUACAAAACAUUUGCGGCAAGAUGACAUAUAUCGAUUACCCAAAACUCCGAAACUAUAUAGUUAUUGACCCAACUUGUUUAAUUGACGUACUGAAGUCCAUUGUAACAUCUGUGCCCAUAAUAGCCAGCUUACACCAUGGACGACUAACCAAAUCUGAUUUGACAAAUAUCUGGAGUUCUGAAAAAUGCUCCCACUUUCUGCAACAUGAAGAAUAUUUCCGACAGCUGUUGGUGUACUAUGACAUCCUAUCAGAAAUUAGACGUUACGAUAGAAAAAGCGGAAAGAAAAUGUCUGUGGAUUGUUAUCUAGUACCUUGCAUGAUCACGACUCAAAAUACAACAACCUUUGUUGCAAAACAUUUAACAUCUGACAAAUGUGUUGGCUUUGUAUUUGAAUUCAGCGCUACAGAUGUUCCAAAUGCAAUACCAUGCAGACUUAUGGCAAGUAUUCUAAGCAUCUGGAAUGUCAAAAAUUAUGAAAAUGUAGACCUGCUCUUCUCUGGAUUUGUUGCUGUCGUCCUGGACAGGAAACAUGAUUUAGUAGUGAAAACUGAACACAACACUGUUGCAGUGUACAUUGUUCACAAGGAAAAAAAAGAGUUGAUAAUCAAAGAUCUUGCCUCCUGUGUACGAGAAUGUUUAGAACAAAACCUUGCUAAAAUUUCAGAAGUCUACUCCCUUUCCUUCACAAGUGAUAUCAUUGCACAGAGAUACGUUCCAUUUGAUGUAAAAUUGAAAUCUGGAUGUCUGUCACCAAAUUGCUUACUAGAUGCGCAGAAUGUAAACAGCAUUGAUACCAACUGGGUGUGUGAUAACCAUGGAUUUGUUACACCCAAAUCUGAACUAAACAUUUGGUAUACUGACAGGACUACCUUACAAUGUACAGAUUACUGUCAAGGUAUACUAGAUGCUGUUCUAUCGAUGCUACUGAACGACGCGCAGCUUCUUCGCAUUUGCAAUAGUUUAACAAAAGAAGACGUACGCUGCUUGGCAUUGAAUCUUGGGGUCUCGAAUACCAAACUUGAUGCAAUUGAUUCAGAUUCGACAUCUAUGAUUAAAUUUUAUAGCCUUCGAAUCUGCAGAGAAAAGAAUAAAUCAUGUAAAGAUUUUGUCAAGGCCAUGGAAGCUGCUGACAUUAACAGACAUACCAUGUGUCAGAUUCUGAGACAGGAAGAAGUGGAGACCGAUUUACCUGAUAAGAUUCUCAAUAUACCGCCAAGUGAUGAAAUGCUUGACAAAUUGUGUCUACGAAUUGGUAAGGAGUGGAUGGUUCUUGGCUUAGAACUCGGUCUUGAAAUCGAACGUCUGGAACAGAUAGAAUACGACAAUCCAAAAGUACUCCGGGAAGUCAGCAGGCAAAUGCUAUAUUGCUGGAGAAACCGAGGCGAUAACUCAACAAUCAAAGAGCUACUCCAUGCUUUUGAAAGAUCUGAUAGAAAUCCACGUCUGAUUACAGAAAUUUUAGAAAAUUGUGAAAGCUAUCCCAAAUUAAUCCCUGUUGAUUGACAUGUCUAGGAUCCAAUGUAUGACAAUUUCUUGAGUAACAUAAAAUAUUUAUGAUUAUAUGUAUAUUUGUAAAUAUAUUGUGAUGUACAAAUUAUAUCAUGUGGAUUUUAUAGCUUCAAAAUGUGUAUCCUAGUGUAUAUUGUGUCAAUAUAUUGGCAGUCCUAUUUUCACUACAUU